CGACUCUCAUUUCAAUCGAGUGACUACGAAAAUGGAGAAGUGUUUAGGACAUUCGGUGACAUUUCAAACAGAAGACGAAGGUAAUAACAACAAGAAGAUGGGAAGUAAAGACAGCGUGUAUGUUCGACAAAACAGCAUGAACGAAGAGCGGGGAACGGUGUACGCACCUCCAAGUCGAGCAGACGAUAAGUGUGGCCGCAAUGGCGGGAAGUCGAUCAUCCUAUUCCAGAGAAGUUCGUCUGUUUUGGAAAGCCUACGACCACCUUACUACAGGCUUCAGAGCGCUUUCAACUCGAGAACAGUUAAAUGUGUCUUUAUUUGCUCACUGAUCUUGAAUCUUCUGCUUCUUUUUGGCAUGUGUGUUGUAGGAGUUUUCUUCGGAAUGAAUUACAAGAAGGAGGACAAUCCGAAACACACUGAAGCUGAUUUCUUGGGCAGGGGUUCCCAAAUAGGCUGCUACCCGUGCGGUGAGCGAGGAAUCCCGAGCGUUGAUGUGCUCUUCAGGGCUACUAACGGGUACUGUUGUGUCGAUCAGACCAGGGAGGACUUUCAGAAAGUCGCAAUAUCAAAAAUGUUCCCAAACGACACUGUGGCAGCUGUGGCGGCUAGAUUCGGAAUGAGCAGAGCCAAGCAACUGGACUGUGCAAAAAGCAAUGGGAGUAACAGAAAACAACCGGCGGAGUAUCGUGUAAUGACAGCGGCGAAGUUGAUCUUGGAUACAACGAAAUCAAAGGAAUCACCCACCUUGAAAUGGCAGUCAAGGGCUUCGGGAGCUUACGUUAUGGGUGCGGUCGACUUUUCCAACAACAAGCUCUGUUUGAAGACAGGAGGGCUCGUCAACUUGCACAGCCAUUUUGGCCUGGACACUGUCAACAAUGAACUAAAUAACGGAGAAGAGCAGUUCCUCACUCAUUCCAUUUACAAACAGUCCGGCAAGCAAAUAAGCAGUGUCGCUAUUGAAAAAUUGGCUAUGAAGCAGCACACGUACAGAUCGGCCGAUCUGGAAACUUCCGAACGACUUCGACCCGGCGACUGCGUUUACGUCUAUUUCUCGCAUCCUUCGCUCAUCUAUAAUUUACCGAUAUCGAACUAUUUUGAAAUCAUUGUUCUGGAUUAGCAGACUGUCGUGGUGGAUUAAAGUUUUGUUUUGUUUAACGACA